GUAACCUAAAGGCGCGCGCGAAACGUCUGGCUGUGUGCUUUCUCGCCUGACUUUUACGAACACACAAAUUUAGCCUCUUAGAAAUUGUUUUUCAGAUAUGAAUAUUGCCACACUACUACGUGGAGUUGACAGCUAGUAGUUUUCGGAUAUAUUUCUGGUUCUUCCCCCGUAUUUUGACUGCACCCUGGAGCUCGUCGUCUCUUGUUUAAGUAACUGCACGUUGAGCUAACCUGUGUGCGCCGCCGAGCUCUCCCGGGUUUGUUUACGCGGUGCUGUUGGUGUUUGUACGAAGAUGACGUCACUGUUACGACAUCAAGCGUAUGAGGAGGAGAGGCUGCAGAGGGUCGCCGAGAAGCUGCCCUGCAGGGAGACCCAGGCUGGUACCCUGCUGUCGCUCAUGGGACAGCCCCAGCAGUACAGCUACCCCUCCAUCUUCAUCUAUGGACAUCGCGCUUCAGGGAAGAGUCAUGUAAUGCAAGUUUUGCUGAAGGAACUUGAGCUUCCUCACGCGACCGUCAGCUGUGUCGAAUGUGUUUCUGUCGCGCUGCUGUUUGAACAACUACUGCUGUCUUUCUUUGGCUGCGAUGCCGCCUCGCUGCUCCCCCGUAGUCCCUCCCUCUCCGACUUUGUGCGCAUCUACAGACAGCAGUGCUCCCAGUCUCCUGCCAAGCAGACGCGAUACAUUGUUAUGGAAAAGGCUGAGCUUUUGAGAGACACUGAUGCCAAUCUCCUCCCCGCUCUCCUGCGCCUUCAGGAACUAGUCGAGGACAACGUCACCAUCAUCCUGCUGAGUGAAAUCGUCUGGGACAAGUUCAGACCCAACACAGGCUGUUUCGAGCCUCUUCUGCUCCAUUUCCCCGACUACAGUAAAGGAGAGCUGCAGCAGAUUUUGUCCCAGGACAAACAUCCUUCAUAUUCAGCCGAGUUUUACUCCUCCUACAUCAACAUCUUGUUGGGAGUCUUUUACUCGGUCUGUCGGGACCUCAGAGAGCUCCGCCACCUGGCCGCCCUCAAUUUUUCAAAGUUCUGUGAGCCGCUGGCAGACGGAAAGGUUAAAGAGACCGACACACACAAGCUGUGGAGGAACAUUGAGCCUCAUUUGAAGAAAGCCAUGCAGACUGUUUACCUGCGUGAAGUGUCCAGUCUUCAGUGGGAGCAGAUGCAGCAAACGGAGGAAAAGGAGACUGGAACUGUGAGAGGUUUAUCGGCUCACACUCAUGUCGAACUUCCUUAUUACUCCAAGUUCCUGUUGAUUGCAGCCUACCUUGCAUCCUACAACCCUGCCCGCACAGACAAACGCUUCUUUCUGAAGCACCACGGCAAAAUAAGAAAAACAAACUUCUUGAAGAAAAAUGAAAAGACUAGUAACCAUCUCCUGGGACCAAAGCCCUUUCCUCUGGACCGCCUGCUCGCCAUUUUCUACAGCGUGGUGGACAACAGAGUCGCCCCCACUGCCAGCAUCUUCUCCCAGAUCUCCUCCCUGGUGACCUUACAGCUGUUGACUCAGGUCAGUCAUGAUGACCAGCUCGAUGCCCCGAAGUACAAGUGUGCCGUGUCUAUGGACUUCAUGUGUGCCAUAUCCAGGACGGUGAGUUUCGACAUUGUAAAGUACCUGUAUGACUUCCUGUGAGCCUGCUGUGAAGAAAGAAGAGAAGGGGCACAGUGACAGUAAGACAAAGGGGGAUUAAUCAAAAAGAGGAGCUUAGAGUAUUGUUGGGAAUUUCAUGGAGGAACAUUCAUCAAUCAUGUCGCUGCCCCCUUGUGGUUUAAAAUCUCUGUGCAUCAGAAUGUGAGAAAACUUGACAUUGUUUAAUAUUUUUCAUUUGUAUGAAAUAAAUCAAAAUCAAAUAUUGCCCUUAA